GCGUCUGUCAACAUGAACACCGUUUAUGCUGAGGAUACUUUCACAUUUAUUUCACUUAUCGUUUCAUUCGGACGCCCGUCAGGUGGUUUUCAUCGCCUUGAUUGGAGGUCAUCAUGGCUCGUGAGCGGCUACACAAGAGGCGCGUGGACUAAACCGACUCAACUCCAGUGAGGCCCUGCUGAAAACUGCAUGUAAGAAAUGAAGACAAAUGAUGACCUGGAGAUUAAAAACUAUGACAUAUGGACACAUCAGGACACACCUGAACCUCCUGUAGGUGAAACUUGAACUUAUUUCAGAGAAUAAUUUCAUACCUACUGCGCUUCUAUGUCAGUAUGUCACUAUCACACUGCAAAUAUGGGAGCAACACCCAAACGGACUACUCCUACAGCCUCCACAGCUUGCCCAUGGCUGAGAACUAUGGGAAACGGCUUGUCAGGACAUUGUUUGACUUCAGGCACACACACGUGACGGAAAAUCUGGAUGUCAAGUGGGUUACCCUGUUGUCACUGACGAACCUGCGGAGCGUCUCAAAAGUCAAAGUGGUUAGCUUUCUGAUGGGCUUGACGCUGACGUUCCUCAUCAUGGCUUCAUACAUCCUGACUUGGGACAGGAAAGGACUUUUGCUCACCUCCUCACCCUAUCAGCUCAGAUCUGUGUCGUCCCCACCAGCACAGCAACAGCUUGAAUCUCCCUCUGAAGAUAAUUUAAUAGACAUGAAACUGCUGGUGAAGACCAUCGGCUCCAAACUGGAAUAUACACCCAGGAAGGUGCCUGAUGAAAAGGAUGUUGUUGGAACUGACUCCCAUCUGUUCUCUGUAAUUCCUCGCCAUUUCCUGCCCGGCAUUAAAAGCCCUUGCUGGUAUGAGGAGUUCUCCAGUGAAGUCAGCGCUGAUCCGUACAGGAGGAACCUCUUCACUCAGCGCUCAAAGAGCUUCAAGACUGUGUGUGACCACCUGAGGACCAACUUCCACCAGCACUUAUACCAAAGAGGCAGCAAACAGUUUCGUCUACGCUGCUUGCCGUUCUUCUACAUCGUCGGCCAGCCGAAGUGCGGCACAACCGACUUGUUCCACAGGCUGCUGCUGCAUCCAGAGGUCAAGUUCAACACGAUGAAGGAGCCACACUGGUGGACCAGGAAACGCUUCGGUUAUAUCCGUUUUAAAGAUGGUUUCCAGGAAGGUUUUCCUGUGGAAGAUUACCUGGAUCUGUUUGACUUGGCAGCUCACAAAAUCCAUGAAGGAAUCAUCAGUGGAAAUUCAUCUGGAGACCACCGUGCACUCAUAACAGGUGAAGCCAGUGCCUCCACCAUGUGGGACAACCAAGCCUGGAGCUAUCUUCAGACAGACAGGGAGGAGACAGAACCCCCGUUCCUGGCCCAGGACUUCAUCCACACAGUCCAGCCUGGUGCCAAAAUCAUCAUCAUGCUUAGAGAUCCAGUAGAGAGACUUUAUUCUGACUACCUUUACUUCAAGAUGGCCAACAAGUCAGCAGAGAACUUCCAUCAGAAGGUCGCAGACUCUGUACAGCUGUUUCAGUCCUGCCUCUCUGAGAGGACACUUCGUUCCUGCGUCUACGACACCAGCCUCUCCAACGCUAUGCCGGUGAGGCUAAGUUUGGGGAUGUACAUCAUCUUCUUGCUGGACUGGCUGACAGUUUUCAAUAGGGAGCAGAUUCUAGUUCUUCGUCUUGAGGACUCAGCAGCCAACCCUAAAGUGACAAUCCAGAAAGUCUUUGCUUUCCUGAGUGUAGGUCCUCUGUCAGAGCAGGUGGAGGCAGCACUGACCAAACGGCCCAUGUCUAACACCCGGCGGACGGCAGACAGGAACCUGGGUCCUAUGCUUCCAGCCACCAGAGACUUUCUCAGGGAAUUUCACCAGCCCUUCAACCACAAACUGGCCAGUGUUUUGGACAACAAGGCCUUCCUUUGGAGUAACACCUGAAGGCCCAUGGGCAUGGACUAAAAUGUGGAUGAAUGAGCAGCCGGAGCAACUAACUAAAGCAGGAAAGCCUUGUGAUAAAAACUAAUGUACAGUGGGAGAACUCAUGCACAGAUGUGUAGUUGUAUAUGAAGGUCUGAACAAGUGUAUGGGUUUUAUUUGUGAUAUUUAUUUUAUUUUAAAAAGAAUGUGAGAGACUCUUUGAGUCAAGAUGAUAAUAAUAAAAUAAGCUGAAUUUGUGUUUUAA